GUCCCGCCAGCGUCGAGUCGCAGUCGGGGCAGCGUCGAGUGCGUGGCGCGGUGCUCCCUCGGGGCAUUUUGCGUCUGGCGCUGCUUUUUGGCACCAGCCCUGCCGCGACGACGUCAGUCCAUGGCACCGACGCCGACACGUGCUGGGUGGGCCUCGCAGACGCCAAGCAGCCUUUCGACUUUUGCAGCUGAUGCACCGCGACCAUGUCGUCCAGCAGCGCCAUGAUAGUCCGGCACCUGGCUGCGCGCAGUCGCCUGCACCGCCCCUCGCGCCCUGCCCUGCCGUCGCUGCCUGCCCAUCACUCGCUGCCACGCUUUCUCUCCACCGACACGCCCGCCGACUCCAGCCUCGAGCCCUCGCCGCGCCCCCAGAAUGUCGCCGACCAGUACCACAUGUACAAGCAGCAGCAGAGCCACAUGGGCAGGCUCGGCGCCGACAUCAGCCCGCACUACCAGCCCCACACCCUGCUCAACCACCCGCCCGCGCCCGCCGACGUGACGCUCGAGCUGCUCCUGGCCUCCGAGGCCCACCAAGGCCAUGUCACGUCGCUGUGGAACCCCGCAAACGCCCGCUACAUCCACGGCAUCAGGCAGGGCGUCCACAUCAUCUCGCUCGAGGUCACGGCCGCCCACCUGCGCCGCUCGGCAAAGGUCGUCCAGGAGGUGUCGAGGCGGGGGGGCAUGGUCCUGUUCGUGGGCACCCGCGACGGCCAGGACCGCGCUGUAGCACGUGCCGCUGAGUUGGCCAAGGGCUACCACCUGUUCGAGCGCUGGAUCCCGGGGAGCAUCACCAACGGCCAGCAGAUCCUGGGUCGAUGCAAGACCAAGGUGGUCAACGAACUGGACCAAGACGUGCCCGGCUUCGAGGAGCAGCUAUACGACCGGCCCGUCCUGCGACCCGACCUGGUCGUGUGCAUGAACCCGCUGGAGAACUAUGUCUUGCUGCACGAGUGCGCCCUGAACAACAUUCCCACAAUCGGCGUCAUCGACACCAACGCUGAUCCAACCUGGGUCACCUACCCCAUCCCGGCAAACGACGACAGUCUCCGCUGCAUCCAGGUCAUUGCUGGUGUGCUUGGCCGAGCCGGUGAAGCAGGCCAGAAGCAGCGUCUUGCAGCCGCGGCCACCGGCGAAAUCACAUACCGACCUGCCAAGAAUCUGUACAUGGCUGGGGUGGAUGAUGACACCGCCCCCCCUGUAGAGCGCGCCGGAACGGGGAGAGAGACCAGCGCCAACGAGAGUGUCGGUGACGUCGACGGGCGUUCUUCCAAGCUCGACGAGGUCGACAACCACAAGAACCAUCGUGUGAAGGAAGGGAGGGACAUCUAGGUCACGGCCCAGACCUGACCUAGCAUCGGUUUUGUGUUCACCGUGUUCCAUGUCCAAUUCUUUGUACAUCACUUCUGUAGAGCAUCACAAAAGGCGUUGCGUCGUAGGGCUGUUUUCAAUGACUAUGCACACAUGGUAACUGAGCGAAGCCUUACCCUCUGCUCAGAGGAAAGGUCUGUCUCAUUGAAAGCCAUAUAUCCUCAUGAGGUGCUAUCCACAAUCAUUAAACCUUUGACUGUCCCAACAGGUUCAAUGCUAGAUGCUGGAAGAAUAGGAUCAAAGACAAUUAAUUACUAAGGGCUGGACCAAUCG